AUGGCUGAAGAGGCAUUAGCCAAAAGCGGAUUACAUUUGGAUUCAUUCAAUAAAAUUCGACUCCUACAAACAGAUUUGGCUGAAUCCAGCGGUGAAUUGUGCGAUGAACUGAAGGAAUUUCGUAACAAAGUGAAUGCUUUUCAAUCGAACACCGACAGUUUAAUGGAAACUUUGAAUGAGUUUGCGAAAAUGGUCGAUAUCGAAAGGCUUCGUGCGAUGUCCUCUCGCAACGCGCUCAAAGCAGCUGAUAAGCAAAAGGCUGCAGAUGCACAGCAAUUACAGAUUCUGAUUCGUGAAAGACGCAUUGAGCUGGAACGUUUACACGUCGAAUAUGAAGCGGCGUUACGUGAAGAAAGUGAACAAAAGGAAUAUUUGAACAAAUUCCUUUCACCUAUAUGA